CCCCGAGUUAGCUGGGGGGGAAGCGGCCAAGGGGGAAACGAUGCGGCUCUGACAGUUAUCGCUGUUGCUGUGAGCUGGGGCAGGAGGUCACUUGCCAACCCACAGGAAGGCACGAGGGGUUUGCAGAAGGGAAAUGAGGACACGGCCGUUGCCUCAGGAGCAGUUGCAAGCCCUGUGGGAGCCUGAGGAGAAGCAGAGCCACCAGGAUAAGGGGAGCAGAGCAUCGUGGGAUGGCUGGGGGUGGCCAGGAGACCCCACAAAGCAGCAUGAACCUGCUCCUGGGCACCGUCCUGCUGCUCCUGGUGCUGCCCGAUGCUGCUGGGGGACAGGAGAGCUGUGCCGCCCUGAGGCGGGGUGACAGGUACCACCGGUGCUGCAACACGGUGGAGCUGGAGGAGCAAGGCAACGGGACUCCCAGCCCUGACUUGCCCUGGCGCUGCCCGGAGCUGAGGCGCUCCGGCAGCCCCGCUUGCGCCUGCCUGCGGGAGCGCUGGCUCAGGCUGCUGCAGUUGGAGUGGCCGGCGCUGCGCAGCAGGGUGGCUGGGCUGAAGGUGCUGCUUCUGAACAUCAGCAGGACUGUCACCCACGAUGUCCUCAUCACCUUUUCCCCCAGGGAGGGCCCUAGGAUGCUGAACAUGACAGAGAAGGGGAAGGCAGGCAAAAUCCAGCUCCCCAGGGAGAUAUUCCGGUCCCUGAGCAGCCAGACAGCGCGCGUGGUGGUGACAGUCCUCAACAUCCAGCAGCUUGGCAUGUUCGAGGAGAUCAACCAGACAGGGCAGGUCCUGGAUGACACUGUGGUGGGCAUCACGGUGGGAGAGACGAGCAUCUCUGGGCUGCAGGACCCCGUGCAGCUCACCUUCACCCACGGGCAGCUGCUCCAUGGCAUCACCCCGCAAUGUGUCUUCUGGGAUGCCAGCAAAGGGCAGGCAGGAGGCUGGAGCAGCAGUGGAUGUGACACGCAGACCAGGGACAAGGGGACAGUCUGCUCCUGCAACCAUCUCACCUUCUUCACCCUCCUCCUGAACCCGGCUCUGAACAGGUCCACGGCACAAGCCUUGAUGGUUGUUGCCACUGCUGGCUGCGGGGUAGCCAUUGCUUUCUCCAUCUUCAUCAUCGCCUUCUGCAUCUUCUUAAGGUGGAGAUUCAGGUCUGAGGAGACCCUCCGCAUCAACCUGGGGCUGCACGUGAAUCUCAUGGGCAGCAUGCUCCUCCUCAACCUGGCCUUCCUGCUCAAUAGUGGGCUCUCCAGUGGGACCCAGCUGGGGACCUGCAAGGUCCUGGGGGGGCUCACCCACUACUGCCUGCUCUGCUGCUUCACCUGGAUGGCACUGGAGGGCUGUCACUUCUACCUCCUCUUUGUCAAGGUCCUCGGCACCUACAUCCACCACUACCUGGCGAAACUGUGCCUGAUUGGCUGGGGCUUCCCGGCUCUCGUGGUGGGGGUGGCAGGAGUCAUCGGCAGCUACGGGGAGUACAGCAUCCAGACCGUGGAACACCAGGUCAUAGCCCACCUGUGCUGGAUCACUUCCAAACAUCUCCUGGUCCACUACAUCACCAACUGCGGCUACUUCAGCCUCAUCUUCCUCUUCAACAUGGCUGUCUUUGGGGUGGUGACCCAGAAGAGCUGCUGCCUGCAGGGCACAGGGACGGUGCAGGGAGACCGUAAUGCCUGGAAGGUGGCCCUCGUGGUGAUGGGGCUCUUCUGCCUGCUGGGAGCCACCUGGGCCCUGGCGUUCUUCACCCAUGGCACCUCCUCUGAGCCCGUGCUCUACCUCUUCACCAUCCUCAACUCUCUCCAAGGAUUCUUCAUUUUCAUCUGGCUGGUCGUUCUCUACUACCCAAAGACGAAGGAGAUUGCUGGCUCCCUCUCCCACAUCAUCAGACAUGACAAAACCACCACAGUCUCCCAGGACUAGCUGCUGGCUAGACCUCCCUCCCUGCCUGCGUGUGCCCCCGCUGAGAGCAAGUUUCGAUCCCCAUGGAUGCAGCUUCCCCAUGGAGGAUAAGGGCUCAGUUUACUGUGCCUCAGUUUACCCUUCAGUGGGCAUGAUCCACCUUAGCGGGGGCUCUUUGCUUUGGCCCUUUCGUUCCUAGUGGCCUGCCAUGGGCAAGGAGCUUCGGAGAUGUCCCUUCUGCCAAAGUCCCUCCUCGCUGCAGCUCCCCCAUGGUCUUGAAGUGCCUCUGAUCUCAUUCCCCAGGGGCUCUUGUGGGGGUGAGGAGGGAGCCCACAAACUGCCUGCCUUCAGCCAGGAUGGAGCCAUCCCCCUCCUCGCUAGAGCUGGCCUUUGGUGCUGGACCAGCCCAGUGGUGGGUUUUCCUGCUGGAUUGACUUGCUCCAGCCCAGACUCAGGAAGUUCAGGUCUGGGAAUCAGCAAAAACAGAGAAACCCAUGAGCUUCUUUGCAAUACAUCCUCUCCAAACUGACUGGGGCCAAGCUCUUCAGGCAGGGAUCUGCUGGACGUCCCUCCUGCAAAACACCCUCUGGGGCCAGCAGCGACUUCUGCGAGGAUACUGUGCUUCAGCUGCAGCAGGGAAAACACUCGUCUUCUCCUUAUCUGUGUUUUACUAUUAAACUUCUGCCAGCUGUCUGA